CAUUACUGCUGAUUAACCUAACUUUAACGGUUAGACUUGCCGCUGCCGGGUCCUGAGAGUCUCUGAUUUGAGUUUUCAGGUGCAAUAUCUGUACAAAUGGAUUUUAAUUGAUAUUUUACAGAUCGUUCAAAACCGCUCCACAGUAAUGGUUCAACGUCAAAGAGCAACGGGCUGAUGGCGAGUCGAGCUCAUCAUUUUUCCACUGCAUUUAGAUCCAUCCGCCCGUCGCAAUUAAUCCGGCACCAGAUCUCAUCUAUCUAAUCCUUCUUAUAAACGCUGAUCAGAUCAGAUCGGAUCGGAUCGGAUCCUAUUGUCGGAACCCUACAAAAUAUAUACGAGGGGAAAGAGGAAAAAAGAGUACGAAGGCAUGGCUGGGGCAGUGUCUGCACUGUUCCUCUUGGACGUUAAAGGUCGCGUUCUCAUUUGGCGCGACUACCGUGGCGACGUCACCGCUGUCCAGGCCGAGCGCUUCUUCACCAAGCUCAUAGAGAAAGGUGAUCCAGAGACUCAGGAUCCAGUUGUGUAUGAUGGUGGUGUAUCCUACAUGUUUGUUCAACACAACAAUGUGUUCCUAAUGGCAGCAUCUAGGCAGAACUGCAAUGCCACCAGCCUUCUUUUCUUUUUACACCGCAUCAUUGAUGUGUUUAAGCAUUAUUUUGAAGAGUUGGAAGAAGAAUCACUUAGGGACAACUUUGUUGUAGUGUACGAGUUACUUGAUGAGAUUAUGGACUUUGGUUACCCUCAGUUUACAGAAGCAAAGAUCCUUAGUGAAUUCAUCAAGACUGAUGCUUACAGGAUGGAAGUUACACAGAGGCCUCCCAUGGCUGUAACAAAUGCAGUUUCUUGGCGAAGUGAAGGGAUACAAUACAAGAAGAAUGAAGUUUUCUUGGAUGUGGUGGAGAGUGUUAAUAUUCUUGUCAACAGCAAUGGACAAAUAAUUAGGUCUGAUGUUGUUGGGGCAUUGAAGAUGAGAACUUAUCUGAGUGGCAUGCCAGAGUGUAAGCUUGGCCUUAAUGAUCGAGUUUUAUUGGAGGCACAAGGUCGGUCAACCAAGGGAAAGGCCAUUGAUUUGGAAGACAUCAAAUUUCAUCAGUGUGUGCGAUUGGCCCGAUUUGAAAAUGAUAGGACAAUAUCCUUCAUACCACCUGACGGAUCUUUUGAUCUCAUGACAUAUAGACUCACUACUCAGGUCAAGCCUUUGAUUUGGGUGGAAGCUCAAGUUGAAAGGCAUUCAAAAAGUCGUAUUGAGAUAAUGGUAAAAGCUCGGAGCCAGUUCAAGGAGCGCAGCACUGCCACAAAUGUUGAGAUUGAGUUGCCUGUGCCAGCAGAUGCUACAAAUCCAAGUGUUCGUACAUCAAUGGGGUCUGCAUCAUAUGCCCCUGAAAAAGAUGCAAUGGUCUGGAAAAUAAGAUCUUUCCCAGGUGGUAAGGAGUAUAUGUUAAGAGCGGAGUUUCGACUUCCAAGUAUUACAGCAGAAGAAGCAACUCCUGAGAGAAAAGCUCCUAUACGUGUGAAGUUUGAGAUACCAUAUUUUACUGUCUCUGGAAUACAGGUUCGUUACCUGAAGAUUAUUGAGAAAAGUGGAUACCAAGCUCUUCCCUGGGUGAGGUACAUAACGAUGGCUGGUGAAUAUGAACUUAGGCUUAUAUAAAUCUGCUUCACAUCACAUGUUGGGGGGUUACCAUCCACCAUGUAUAUUUCAUCAACGAUUUAGUACACAAAGCAGAUAAAUCAAGAAGUUUUGAAAGUUCACCGCCCUGAAUUUAUGGUGGUUAAGAUUUCUUCCCCGUGGCAUUGUUUUUGGUCUGUUCAUUGUUAAGAAUUGUAACAGGAUUGUUAGUUGACGCAUAUCCAGGAAGUAUAUUUUUGUUAUCUUCCUUUUUUCUUUUUCUUUUUCUUUUUUUUGGAAUAAAAGAGCGUAUAUUGUAACUUCAGUAUUGUUUGAUCUUUUAUUCAAAUUUUAUUGCUGGAGGCAA